AGGAUCCUCGACGCUAGAAUGGCCUUCGGGAUUUUCUCUCUACAUGUUUUGGCACUUUAUGCACCAUCUACAUUCAGUUGGGAUGCUUUUGGGUAUGCAGUAUUGUUUUAUUUUUUAAGUGGAAUGAUGGGUGUUACCAUGUGUUACCAUAGGACCCUAUCGCACCAUAGUCUCAAGCUACCCAAAUGGCUCGAAUACACAUGUGCUUAUUUUGGGGUUCUAGCAAUCCAGAGGGAUCCAAUAUAUUGGGUUAGCAUCCAUAGGUAUCACCAUCAAUAUGUUGAUAAGGAGAAAGAUCCACAUACUCCCACUUAUGGAUUUUGGUUUAGCCAUAUGGGUUGGUUAUUUGACAGUGCCUACAUUAUAGAGAAGUAUCAGGAACGUAAAAAUGUAGAAGAUUUAAAAAGUCAAGCAUUCUAUAGGUUCCUCAGGGACACGUAUAUGUGGCAUCUAUUUGGAUUCGGGGCACUUGUUUAUGCGUGGGGUGGUUUCCCCUACCUCGUUUGGAUUUUGGGAGUUAGGACGACUUGGCUCUAUCACUCGAUUUUUUUAAUCAACUCUGUUUGUCAUAUAUGGGGCGAACGAGUUUGGAAUACUAAUGAUUUGUCAAGAAAUAACUGGUGGGUGGCAAUGGUUGCUUUUGGGGAAGGGUGGCAUAACAAUCACCAUGCUUUUGAGUACUCAGCUAGACAUGGCUUUGAAUGGUGGCAAAUUGAUCUGACUUGGUAUAUGAUUUGCUUUCUUAAAUCAGUGGGAUUGGCUACCAAUGUGAAAUUGCCGAGUGAAGCUCACAAGCUUAAGAAAUCAUUUGCUUCUGAUUGCAAAUUGAAAUGAUCUUUUAGCAAUUACAAGCCAUGCAUCAAUUGUCAGAUAUACACUUUUUUUCUAC